UGUGCAGCGAAACGACUUCUCUGAUUGGCUGGUUUGCGGUAACCCAGGAAGUGAAGACCAACAACACGAAGCCGCUUUGUAUCCAGGGACAAAUAUAACUAAUAUAACGGACUUUAUUUGGUUUGUCGUACAAGUCUAUUUGUUUUUUUGUUUUUGUUUUUUUACUGAUAAAUCAGACUCAGUCUAAUUUCACCAGCGUCACAGACUAAUCCAUAAUUCAUUAGCGGAAGUAGGAUUAGCUUGUUUGGCUAACAGUUUGUUGUGCAAUAUACACCUGUACAGGUGAGUUAUGGGCGGGGCGCUGGUGCUGGGGGUGGGGACAGGUGUCUUCCUCAUUGGCCUCAUGUGGAUAGGGACUCUGGUCCUGAGUCUCAUCAUGUCCCGUGCUGCUGGUCCAACCAAGCUUGGGAUCAUUCCCUUGGUGCUGUUGGCUCUAACCAUCACCUUGAUCCUUGUGUUCUUCCCUCGAGCCUCUGAAUUACCAUCUCCUGUUAAAGAAACACAGAUAGUGGACAACUUCUUCAUCGGCCGCUACGUGCUCCUGGCUGUAGUGAGCGUGGUCUUCCUGGUGUCUCUGUUCAUCCUCUUACCCUUCCACCUCCUGGAGCCGGUGUACGCCAAGCCUCUGAGAACCCACUAGACCUGGGCCUGGCACAUGCCACUUCCCUCAUGGACCAGCCAGCAUCAAUGAGGCUGACUUCAGAUGAGAGGCUCCUACAAAGAGGCUCCAUUGUUUUUGUCUGCUGGCCAAAUCAGAUGUUCUGACCUCAGAUGUUCCGACUGUAAAAUAAAAAAGAGGACUAUCUUAUAGAAAGCGCCGUUAUCGUAAAGACAGAUGCAUUCUUGAUUCAGUGCAUCUCCAGUUUAAUGACUUUAGUAGCUGUAUUGAGUUACUAUGUUAUUUUCAGAUGCUGUGAUUGUACAAGUGGCUCUGUGGUUAAAGCUUUGGACUACUGAUUGGAAAGUUGUUCAAAUCCCAACACCACAAGUUGGGUCGUUGAACAAGACUCUUAAACCUCAGCUGCUCCACUGUGUGCUGUUUCAGUUGUACGUCUGUUUGGAUCAAAAUUGUUAGCCAGAUGAGCAUCUGGAAAUGUAGCUAUGUUUCUCAAUUUUGUACUUGCUGCUUGUAUUUUUAAAUAAAACACUAUUUUUAUUGAUA